GCAUUCGAGUGUCAUGUCGACACGCCAUGACGCGCGAAUGGACGCGUCGUCGUCGGUCAUUGUCGGUGUGGGUACAUCCGUCGUAGCGAUGCUUGUUGCAUGGCUGCUCUACCGGGCGCGGUUUCAUCCGCUCCAGGCACUGCGCGGCCCACCGAGCACCCACGUCAUCGCUGGCAACGGACGCGAGUUUGCCAACUUUGCGUGGUCGGCGACGCGUCCGUUCCCAGAGCCGUUCGCUUCAUGGACCAAGACGUACGGUACUGCCUUUUACUACCGUGUGCUCUUUCAACACCGAGUGAAUCUGGCCGACCCGGUAUCGCUACAGCACGUGCUCGUGACCAAGGCGGCCAACUACCCCCGCGACACGAUCCCGCGCAGCAUUCUUCGUACUCUGCUCGGCGGCGACGGGCUCUUGAGCUCGGAAGACCAAGUGCACGCUGGCCAGCGCAAGCACCUGCACCCGCCAUUCUCACAGACCAACCUCAAGGCCUUCGUGUCUAUAUUUGCUGCGGAGACGGCAACGCUUCUGAGUGUCUUGGACGCGAUGCCAGACGGUCACAUUGUCGACGUCCCUGAUCUCCUGACGCGCCUGACGCUCAACGUCAUUGGCAAAACCGCAUUCGGCUAUGACUUUAAUACGCUCGAUCCGACAAACAACCAGGCAGCGAUCGCACUAAGCGCGUUUGACAAGCUCAACACGCCGCCGCGACCGCUGUAUAUCCUCGGCCUCGCGUUUCUUCCGCACUUUGAGCACUGGCCGCUACCGUACUUGCGACAGAUCCAAACCGCCAAGUCGAUGCUCUUCCGCAUCGUCGAUGACGUGAUUGCGCACAAGGUGGCGACACCGGCGCCGGCCUUCGACCUCCUCGACCUCUUGCUGGCCGACGCGGCGAUGACGGCCACCGAAGCCCGGGUGCACGUCAUGACGUUUAUGUUUGCGGGCCACGAGACGACGAGCAGCACGCUCUCCUGGGUGUUGGCAAUGUUAGCGACGCACCCUGCUGUCGAAGCCGCAGUCGUUGACGAGUGCCGUCGCGCCUUGGCCAACGCCGGCGGUGCCGUGUCGUGGCAGACGCUGAGCGACCUUUCUCUGCUUACAGCGACGAUCUAUGAGACUCUGCGUCUGUACCCGACGGUGCCGUUCAUUACAAUGCGAACGUGCACGCACGACGACUGGAUCCCGCGCACGGACGACGACCCGUUCUUCAUGCCCAAAGGCGCCCAGGCGACAUUUUGCGUUGGGGCCAUCCAUCAACACGCACGGUAUUGGAGUCGUCCCACGGAGUUUCUCCCAGCGCGUUUUCUGGAUGGAUCGCCCGAGCACGAGGCCGAUGCGCUGCUGCGCCAUGGCAACAGCAGCCGGUUUACGUUCGUGCCAUUUAGCCUCGGUAGACAACUUGUCCGCGUAUUGACAGUAGGAUCCUUCUUGAUUAGGGCCCAAAAACUGCAUUGGAAAACGCUUUGCGAUCGCCGAGAUGCAAACGGUGCUGCUCCACUUGCUACCGCGCUUUGCGCUGACACGUACACCGGCAUCGAACUUGACACCCAAGCUCACAGGUGUCACGAUCAAGCCGACGGCGUUGCCGUUGCGGCUACUCCGCCGCUAAAUGUGCAAUUUAGUUUCAUUUUUCAUGGGUUUGUAGACCAAAAGGUACCAUAUGUCUAGAUCUUUAGUCGUUGUAGCACUGCGCAAUGCGACCGAUGACCUUGAAGUUGGC